UCCACUGACUGUCGAACACAACCAAACAUUCAACCAAAAUGACCCUUAACCAUUUCCAAGAGUCCCUUUAACUUGUGCUUAUUUACUAGUUGCCACACUCCUCUCUUUCGUUGUCUUUCUCUCUCUCUCUUUUCCUCCUCAAUUCAUUCAUCAAUCUUUCAUAAACAAUUCAAUCCAUUAAUUAUCACCAUCUUUGUUGUUUUUAUAGUAGAACAGAGCAAAAAAAAAAAUGGCAUUACUUCCUGUUAACAAGAUCAUACCACCAACAUUAGUUUCAUCUAGGAGAAAUAAUAGCCUAUCAUCGACAACGUUAUCGUCGAGUGUGAUAAGAUGCCACCAGAUUAGACCCCAGAAGGCUGGUGCUGUUUCUCCUGCGGCCGAGACGGCACCGGCUUCGUCUGUCGAUGCGGCGAGGCUGGAGCCGAGAGUAGAGGAGAGAGAUGGGUUUUGGGUUUUGAAGGAGAAGUUUAGAGAUGGGAUUAAUCCUGCUGAAAAAGUUAAGAUUGAAAAAGACCCAAUGAAAUUGUUUGUUGAAGAUGGGAUUAAUGAUCUUGCUACUUUAUCAAUGGAAGAGAUUGAUAAAGCUAAGCAUAAUAAGGAUGAUGUUGAUGUUAGACUUAAGUGGCUUGGUCUUUUCCAUCGUCGUAAACAUCAUUACGGGAGAUUCAUGAUGAGAUUGAAGCUUCCAAAUGGGGUAACAACGAGUGAGCAAACACGGUACUUAGCAAGCGUGAUCAAGAAGUACGGGGAAGAUGGGUGCGCAGAUGUGACAACAAGGCAAAACUGGCAGAUUAGAGGGGUUGUUCUGCCUGAUGUGCCGGAAAUCAUCAAGGGUCUGGAAGCUGUUGGUCUUACCAGCCUACAGAGUGGUAUGGACAAUGUAAGAAACCCUGUAGGCAAUCCUCUUGCAGGAAUUGACCCUCAUGAGAUUGUUGACACCCGACCAUUUACCAACCUGAUUUCGCAAUUUGUCACUGCUAAUUCGCGUGGAAACCUUUCUAUUACCAAUCUGCCAAGGAAGUGGAAUCCAUGUGUUAUUGGUUCCCAUGAUCUUUAUGAGCAUCCUCACAUCAAUGACCUUGCUUAUAUGCCUGCAACAAAGAAUGGAAAAUUCGGAUUUAAUUUGUUGGUUGGAGGAUUCUUCAGCAUUAAAAGAUGUGAAGAGGCGAUCCCUCUAGAUGCUUGGGUCUCAGCAGAAGAUGUGGUUCCUGUCUGCAAAGCUAUGCUUGAAGCUUUCAGGGAUCUCGGCUUUAGAGGAAACAGGCAGAAGUGCAGAAUGAUGUGGCUAAUUGACGAGCUAGGUAUGGAAGGAUUCAGGGCUGAGGUGGAAAAGAGAAUGCCUAACCAAGUCCUAGAAAGAGCAUCCUCUGAAGAACUGGUUCAGAAACAAUGGGAAAGGAGAGAAUACUUGGGAGUUCACCCUCAGAAACAAGAAGGCUUUAGCUUUGUGGGCCUUCACAUUCCUGUUGGACGUCUCCAGGCCGAUGAGAUGGAAGACUUAGCUCGUAUAGCUGAUGAAUAUGGUUCUGGUGAGCUCCGUCUGACAGUGGAGCAAAACAUAAUCAUCUCAAAUGUGGAAAACUCCAAGGUAGAUGCACUACUAAACGAGCCUCUCUUAAAAGAGCGGUUCUCCCCUGAGCCACCCAUUUUGAUGAAGGGGCUUGUGGCCUGCACUGGGAGCCAAUUCUGCGGCCAAGCUAUCAUUGAGACCAAAGCCAGGGCACUCAAGGUGACAGAGGAGGUUCAACGACUAGUGUCUGUGACACGACCUGUUAGGAUGCAUUGGACAGGGUGUCCUAACAGUUGUGGGCAAGUACAAGUGGCUGAUAUUGGAUUUAUGGGUUGUAUGGCUAGGGAUGAGAACGGUAAGCCUUGUGAAGGAGCCGAUGUGUUUGUAGGAGGACGUAUUGGCAGUGACUCACAUCUAGGUGAAAUCUACAAAAAGCAAGUUCCGUGUAAAGAUUUGGUGCCUAUCGUUGCUGAGCUUUUGAUCAACCAAUUUGGCGCUGUUCCCAGGGAAAGGGAAGAAGCAGAGCAAUAAGCUGCUUUGGGUGCCUGCCUGUUCUUGACAAUUGUUACGCGUAUCCACAUGUACGAUUGUUUUUUAAGCUUGCAUAAGAUCCCAUGUACGUCUGCAUAACAAGAUGCUCGAGUUAUGCUGUUGGGAGCAUAAAUUAGAUUAAUUUGUUUCUUUUAUAGGCAUUGUAAAAUGUCAAUAGCAGACCUGCUUUUGUUUAUAGGCGUUGUGAAAGUUCCAUUAUUCAUUCGAUCAUUUUCCCACUA